AUGGACCUCACCCGCCCCGCCUGCGCCCGCUACCUCACCGCCUCGUCGCAGCCGGCCAACAAGGCGCUCCGCACGUCGGGCGAGACGGACGCCGUCUGGACGCACUCGCUGCCCUACUCGGCCUAUCCGACCUUUCCGCGUCUCGCGACAUCUUUUUCUUCUUCUUCUUCUUUUUCUUCUUCUUCCGCCGCCGCCACCGUCGACGACAAUGACGACGCGGGCGACGUGGCAUGUAGUUGCGACGUCGUCGUCGUCGGCGCGGGCAUCGCGGGCGCGUCGGCGGCGUACGAGCUCGUGUGCCGCGGCUACGACGUCGUGCUGCUCGAGGCGCGCGACGUCGUCGCGGGCGAGACGGGCAGGUCGGCCGGGUGCUGCGUGGCGUCUGGUGGCGGGGUGUUGCUGCCGCUGCCGCCGUCGCCGCUGUCAAAUGACGGCGGUGCGCGGGAACGAGGGGACGGAGGAGCGGCGGCGGCGGCGGCGGCGGCGGCGGAGGGCGGGAAGUGGGCGGUGAGGAGGGUGGGGGAUGUCGCGGGCGCGUUGGGGAUCGAGUGUGAGUAUAGGAGGUGUAUGGCUUAUGGGGUGGUGUCGGGGGAAGGGAAGGGGGGUGUGGAGGGGGUGCGGGAGGCGAGGGCGGUGGGGUUGGAGGUGGCGUGGGAUGAAGGGUUGGUGGUGAAGGGGUGGGAUGGGCAUGGUAUCGAGCAGCGCGGCGCGGCGGUGCUUGCUGGCCAGGCGGCCUUCCAUCCGACGAAGUACGUGGUUGGCUUGUUCGAGUGGCUGAGGAGGCAGUCGAACUUUCGGUGUUACACGGGCACGCGGGUGACGGCGGUCGAGGAGCAGGAUGAGGGAGAGGAAGGCGUCGAGGAGGUCGGCGGCAUCAGGAACAGGAGCGUGAGGGUUUCGACUCGGGACGGCCCGGCGAUCAAGUGUGCGUAUGCCGUCGAGGCGACUGGUGUGCCGCUGCGGGAGCUGAGCAUAGUCGGGCAGAUGGCGUGCAAGCGGACGUACUGCAUCGCUAUCCGGGUGCCAAAGGGCCUGCUGGAAGACUGCCUCCUGUACGACUCGACGGAUGCGUACAAGUACGUGCGGCUUACGCCUUGCGACGAGAUGGAGGACUACGCCGUCGUCGGUGGCUGCGACCACAAGGUGGGCCAGGAGGAGACGGAGGGCCGCUUCGAAGAGCUGGAGCAGUGGUUCCGCCAGCGCUUCAGCCGGGCGGGCGCCGUCGACUACUGCUGGAGCGGGCAGGUCUGGGAGCCCGUCGGCCAGGUGGGCUUCAUGGGCAAGAAGCCGCACCGGAAGCGCACCUUCAUCGUCAGCGGCGGCGACAUCAGCAAUGGCCUGACGCAAGGCGUGCUCGCCGGCCGCCUCAUCGCCGACGAGAUUGACGGGAAGGCCAACCCCUGGGCGGCGCUGUACGAUCCCUCCCGCGUCGCCGACGUCGUCAAGGCGCUGCCGGAUCAGUACAAGCGCUUCCUGCGGUCGGACGUGGACGACAUGGAGGAACUCGGCUGCGGCGAGGGCGGCGUGCUCAACACCAAAAGUGAGAGGUCGAAGCCCGUCGCCGUGUACAAGGACGACAAGGGCCAAGUGCACCGCUUUAGCGCGCUAUGCCCCCUCUCGAAGGGCGUCGUGUGCUGGAACCGCACCGAGAAGAGCUGGGAUUGCCCAGUGCACGGCAGCCGGUUCAGCAAGGAGGGCGUCUGCAUCAACGGUCCAGCUAACAUGGACUUGAAUCCGGAGGAUGGGUCGGGUGGAGGGCUGGAGAAGGAGACUACGACGGCAUGA